AUGCCCAGGUUGCACGAAGAAAUCAAUGAUUUUUACGAAUACAUGUCCCCAACCCCAGAAGAACAUGCUAUGCGUAAGGCAGUUGUCAAGAACAUCGAAGCAGUCAUUCUUGAAAUGUGGCCAUCAGCAAGGGUUGAUGUAUUUGGUUCAUUCAGGACAGGGCUCUACCUCCCAACAAGUGAUAUAGACUUGGUAGUUAUAGGUGAUUGGACAGAAACUCCUUUGAGGACUCUAGAAGAUGGUCUUCUGCAACGAGGAGUCUGUGAUAAAGAUAACAUAAAAGUUCUUGAUCGAGCUACUGUUCCAAUAGUCAAACUUACUGAAAAAUCAUCUGGUGUAAAGAUUGACAUAUCAUUUAAUAUGAACAAUGGAUUACGCUCUGCAGAGCUCAUCAAAGAAUUUAAGGCUAAGUUCCCAGCACUAGGCAACAGAGUAGUAAGAUCUAGACUAUACUGGGCAGACUGUGUUGUGGGUUACACUAGGGAAUCAGAUUCUGGAAGACAACAGCAAUGA